CAUCGAUGCUCCAUCACCAACGCCAUCGUCAGCUGUGACGGUGAGGACAUCCAUCUGUCUUCACUAGCGCAACUUAUUUUUGUACAACUGCCUGUGGCUGCCUUGUUUCUCCUGUUGUCGGUAUCUGCCUCCGACUAAUCAGGUGAGCUUCGUUCGGCGGUCAGCACUUCUCGCGGGGGAAUUCCAUCAGGAAGACGAAGUGAAUUAGUAGCAGGUAACGGUGUUUGGACCAGACCGAUAGGCAACUGGGGGAGUUUAGACUGUUCAAAUCCCAUGGAAACAGAGUGGGUGGGAUAAGUGAAGUUGCUGUCUGUUGAGGCGUCCUUCACCCAGUAAUUCUCAGAGUUGCCCUGCCGCACUGAUCACUCGGACACACAUUCAAGCCAUAAUUCGAACUUGGAAUCACUUGUUAUCACUGGAAUACCAAUUUACGCAGUCUGGUCACUGAUAUGCCUCCCAAAAGAAAGCCGAAAGAGGUAGUCUCGAAGCCUGCGGUUCAGCCGACACCUGACUGGCCUCCCUUCACACCGCUUAUACCAACCAUUGAUCUUUACUUGCAGCAUGCGCUACCUGGGCAGAUCGUAACCAUUCCGAACUUCUGGACGGCGACCUUGUGCAAGAAUUAUGUGUCUUUCCUUACAUCGCUUCCAUUAACUACCACACCCGGCAAGCCCAAGAAGGGCGACGCCGUUCGUGUCAAUGAUCGCUUUCAGAUCGAUGACCCUGCCUUCGCAGAACGUCUUUGGCGUGAAACUUCGUUGAAAGACCUUAUCACAGGCAAAGCUGAGGGCACACUGGACUUAGAUGAUAGUCAACGGAAAGAGUUGUGGGGCGGCGAAGUGGUUGGGCUGAAUCCCAAUAUCCGUAUCUAUAGAUACUCCAAAGGCCAAUUCUUUGACCAACACUACGAUGAUUCCAACAAUGUUGAAAUACCGGGAUCAUCUCCAGUUCAAGCACGAACUACUUGGACGUUGUUACUGUAUCUGACUUCGCCCGCAACUGGAUGCCUUGGGGGCGAAACAGUAUUCUACCCAGAUCCUCCCGUGGGUAAGAAGAACCGCAAGGAGCCACCACCAGAACCCUUCAUCGUAGACUUGGAGGUUGGUAUGGCAUUGUUGCAUCGACACGGUGCUGAGUGCAUGCUUCACGAGGGCCGCGAGGUUCUGAAGGGCGAGAAAUGGGUUAUUCGGAGCGAUCUAUGUGUACAACGAUAAUCGCCAUUUCCUCUCGACGAUAGCAUGACUAUCACCCUAAAUACUUUUUUCAGAUAUGUUCAAAUUUUCGACCAAUCCGAUGUAAGAUCAACCAACCUGGGAUGCACAUGGUCUAUGAAAAACUUUGAGUCCUUAGCGGUCUGUUAGUGCACUAGCCAUCUUCGAGCUCCCGUUCGCUACCUUUCGGGUGGUCAAUGAGAUCGCAAAGCUGGAUCACGCGGGCGGCUAGCCCAACUAUCCAAAAGAUUUGUUCGUGACUGUAGCUAGUCGUGCGUUAUUGAUAGAUACACUUUUCUUGGUCGAAUCGUGUGAUAUAUACGCUGGAACAGAUACCAGUUCCCGAUACUAUAUCAGGUCUCACCUCUGUUCAACAUGAUCUUCGAUCUGUCAUAAUGGUACGGAGUAGUGUUGACUUCACAGGAAUCUUUAUAACAGACCGAAAUGGAUUGUGAACAUGCCUCAGGUAGUGAUAUUUGCUCUGAAAGAAUGCAUCCUGG